AUGUAUAAAUCGGCAAGUGAUAAGGCUUCAAACGAAGGUGAAUUGAUCAGUAAGAGAGAUGUGGGAAAGAAAGUAAUUGUAGGACGAGUUGGUUCCGGUACAUUAAUGUAUGUUGGUCCGGUAGAAGGUAAGACAGGUAUUUUCUGUGGUAUUGAAUUGGAUCGUCCUGAAGGAAAGCAUGAUGGUACCUAUCAAGGUAUUGCAUAUUUUCAUUGUGCGCCACAACAUGGCAUAUUUGCGCCUUCUUAUAAAGUGGAAUUAUUACAACAAGUACCAAAAUUAGUAAAACGUGAAGCUAAGUUAGUACGAUCAGCAAUUCCGGCAAUUGCUGGCGGUGAUAUGAUAAUGUCAACAGAAGAUCGGACAGUACAAUCGGCAACAGUACCAUCUAUGGACAUUAGUAUGACUUCAAUCAGUUCAUUUGGCUCUUCAUCUAUUCUCGAUCGCUCUAUGAUGAUGAGUGGCAGUUGGAACAGUGAUGCAAUGGUCAAUUCACAAGCAACUUAUACAAUUACCGCCCCGAUAGGCCGAAGUAAUUAUCAGUUACUGGAAGAAAUCGAAUGUCCAAAUGAACUUAUUGAAUUUGACGAUGACAUAUCAUAUCCGACAUUAAACACUAGUCUAGUGCUUGAGGAAUCUCGUAUUGGAGUUGAUCGUCUUCCGAUCGUGGAUGACAAUUUAUCCACACCAUUAGUGGAGUAUAUUCCUAAUACUGAUUCACAACACUAUCAACAACAACAACAACAACAACAAUUACAACAACAACAACAAUUGCAACAACAACAACAACAAUUACAACAACAACAACAACAACAUGAUUAUCUGUUAGAUAGUAGUAGCUAUACGAAUUAUUAUCAGCCAUAUCAGGACAAAACGGAUUUAUCUAUCACUGAGCUUACAACUAAUUUACCAAUAACACAAUUUAUUCAUUCCGAUUUAUUAUCAUAUGAAUCGGAAUUACCUCAACAAGUACCAAUUAUCUUAUCACAUACUGAAAGGAUACCAUCAAGAAUGAGCAUUGAUUCAACAUUAUCAGAUGAUAUCAUUGUUAACACUCAACAAUCAUCUCAUAAUCUAUUGGAACAAACAACUCUUCCUGAACAUGAAUUAACACCUGUAACACCUACAACAAGUACGGAAGUAACAGAGCACGAAUCAAACAAUUAUAAAUCAUUAAAUUGUAAUUUAACAAUUAUCACUAAAGAAUUAGAAUCGAAAGAACAUUCACAACAAAAGAAUAUAGCACCAGAAAAAUUGGAAAAUAUCAGAAAGGAUGAGAAAAAAGAAAGACCUAAAAAGCCAAGACCACUAUCGAUACGAGAACUUCAAAAUGCUCCAGUACCAAUACGACCUCAAAAAUCAAAACCACCGUCUAAAUCACAAUUACUAAUGGAAAAGCUUAAAGCAAGCAUUGAAGCUGAUAAAUUGAAACCAAAAAAAGAUGUCAAAUCAAAACUUCAUGAUUUAUUGAUUGUAUCAGCAACACCUGUUCGACGUAUGCAAUCACAAACGAUUACUGAUGAAAAUGAAGAAGAAAAGAUGCCUGCUAAUGAAGAAAACAAAAAGAUGAUUCAUCCAUCAUCACCAAAUGCAAAACGUCGUCGAAAUGAAGCAUUGAAAACGGUAGUAAAUUCAAGAGGUCAACCUGGACGACUUCGUUCAACACAGCAAUCUAAUAAUGUCACCAACACAAUGACAGCUGCAUCACGACCAGUUACAAAGCAAAAACAAUUAUUAACUCAGCCAAAAACUUUUCAAAAAGGCUCACUUACAGUACGAUCGGAAAAGUUGAAAAAAGAAAUUCCCAAAGAGCUACCUACUUUAAAUUCUAAAUCAAUACCUCAAACAUCAAAUAUCACAAGAACAGAACCAUUACAUUCCGGUUUACCUACAUCAUCUGCAGCACAUUCAUUACUUAAAGUUCGUAAAACCGGGAAGCAACUUACACCAAUGACAAAUGAAACGCACCAAGAUGACACUUUGAAAUUAAAGAGAUUAACAGAUGCUGUUCGUGGAUUUGAUGUUCUUGCUGUUGUCUUCGGUCAACAAAUUCAAAAAUGCAAUGAAGAAUUACAUGCAGCGCUUGAACAGAAUAAGAAAUACGAAUCUCACGUAAAAGCAUUAGAAAUUAAAUAUGAGGAAUUACUGAUAGCAGUAAAUGCUGAUCACACUCGACAAAUUGAUAAUGUGAAUCAAAAUCAUGAAGAUGAGUUAAAUUCCAUAAAGGAACGAUAUGAAAAACAGUUAGCAGAAUGUAAUGAUGAAUUAAUGCGAACAUUAGAUGAACAACGUUGCAUUCAUGAAGCGGAAAUUGAACGCCUUAGCCGUUCCAAUCAAAUUCAAUGCUCUAAUUUGGAUAGUAAAUUAGCGGAAGCGGAAAAAGUUUUGGAAGAACUCAUCCGAGAUAAGAAAAAUCUUGAAGCAACACUAAGUAAAGAUACAAAUGAAAAAGUUGCGGAAUUAUCAAAAGAAAUUAGCAGCUUAAAUACAGCAUUGGAAAUUAAAUCAACAGAAAUUAAAACGCUACGACAUUCAAAUGCAAAAUUACAAUUGAAAGUGGAAGAGAUACCAUUAAAAGAUAUUGAAAUAAGCAAGCUAAAGCAUCGUGUUCGAGAAUUAAAAAUAUUGGUAGAUCAAAAAACUAAUACGGAAAAAGUUUUGACAUCGAAAUUUGAAGAGUUACAACGUUCUGCGCGUAAUCAAGCGGUAAUGUCUGAAUCAAUGCUAAAAGAGAAUGAUUUAUUGCGAUACAAAAUUGAGGAAAUGGAAUCGUCUACAUCUGAGGGUGAACCAAAUUCUGUUAAAACUAAUUGUGCAAUAAAAUAUCGUAGUCCACAAUCAAUGAAUGUUUGUUCAACUCGUUUAUGUCAAAGUGAACGAUGUCCUAUUUCUUCCACUAUUCCACAUCGAUCUUCACAAUCACGUGGUGAUGUGAUGACUCGUUCAGUGAUUUCAUUAUACCUGGAACAAGGUCGUAAUCGAUUUAGCAAAGGAAAUAUUGAUACCAUUUAUACACCAGAAGGAACAUUCAUUGCAAAAGAUCGUGGCUGUUCACAAAGGUUAUCAUUUGAUGAUGCACAUGAUGCAGAUGAUGAAGGAACUCCUCGUCUUACUCGAACAAAUGAGCAAUCAUCAGUUACCGGAGGCAAUAAUUAUCACGAAACAGCAUCAAGAACAACGGGCACUGUAAUUGAUAGUGGUAUUUCAGUUUGA